AUGAGGAUUACUUCAGCAUCUGAUCAUGACCACGACAAUUCCUCGACAACCGGGGAUCAUGGCCAUGAGGCUCCCUCCGGUCAAAGCAAAAAGGGCCCCCAAUUGCCACCAGGAGCAUUUGAUCCUCGAAAGGACAAAAACUAUCAGGAGACGGUGAAAGGCAAUGUUCCUCAACAAACACAUCGGAAUGAGGUAGCAAUUUCCCUACCAUUGUAACCUACUUUCAAGGCUCAUAUUAGUUUAGGGUCAACAUGGGGUUGGAGACCAAGAAGACUAGGCAGGGCGUUCAUUAGCGAAGGGAAAAGAUAGGGCAGGAGGGGCAUUGAGCGCAAUGUGGCAGAUUGAUACUUCGUUUAUUGUGUCAAAAGUUUCGUGGUUGCGAAGGGUCAUAGUGAGCUUCGUUGUUUGACAUUUGACACUUGAAGUCGGUCUUUAUCCACGCGAAGAGAACCAAUUCCUUCAAGACCAUAUAAUUUCGCCCCCUUAACUAUGAGCUCUCACCACAUCAGGUUAGACUACGGAAUAACACGGCAAAGGUAAUAUGUAAAUUUGUGUCAGAAAGACCAAGACCCAUUCAAAUCGUAUUCAUAAAGAGUUGCAGACUUCUAUGACAAGUCUCGCUUAGUCGUGAUUCUUCCCACGUUCAAAGUAGAGAAACUCAAGCUCUUAAAUUUUCCUUGGCCCUCGAACUAUUAUAAAAAUAAUUCAACACAAACCCAGAAUUUGCGCUCUGGUAACUCGAACCAAAUUCUGAUUUCUUCAUUAGCUCUUAACUUCCAGUAAGUCUUGGUUAUUUAAAAAGCAUAUUGCAGCAUAGGCGAAAAGACUUUCACUAGUGAACGUGGACAACGGUCUUACAAAUGGCUUUGGUACUUGGCAGUAUGCGGCAGCAAAAGGAGUGACUAUGACAUCUUAUACAAACAUCCACUGACUUUGAGCUUGGACCUAGCCUUCAGCUUCAAGCAGCCCACCGAACUUGGAACACUUUCGCUUUUUGUACUCAUUCCCAGUACUCAUUCCCAGUCAAUUCCACAUUGCACUAAACUUCUCUUACAGUUCCUCUACGCAGUACCUCUCAAGACCAACUCCAUCAGUCAUCAUCAUGACGAGCCAAGAAGAGCGCAUCAAACAGAACAAGGAGGAUGAGGAAACUCAAUCGAUUAUUGAUGGCAUCGAGCGAGAGACCUCCUUCAAGCCCCUCAAAUUCCUCGAUGUCUUUCCCGAUUUACCUUCUGACAGUCCAAAGAACCAUCCUCGCAUUAUCGACGUAGAUAGUUUCCGCGAAGGCACAACGAAGAGAGAGUUAAGAGUCAUCGAUGCAGCCGUCACCUGUCUAUACAACUACGAUCCCCAGGCCUUGAGCAAAUUUCUCGACCCCAGAAUUGAGAAGUUUGUAUUCUUCAGAAGCCUCGGUAGUAAUCUGAGUAUGCCCUUCAAACUGAUCCGGACGAAGGAUAUCAUAGAAGUGAGUCGCGGCUCUAUAAAAAUUGAACAGUGUAGCAAACUUACAAACAUAGGCAGGCUAUCUGAUGGAGGGAAGCGAUGCAAGCAGCCAGGAAUGGACGGAUGUUUGCGUUAGGCUGCGUGGAAGUGACGAUCUACGGGAGUUCCACUUGCUCCACACCAUGACACUCUGGGGUUUUGGCGAGCCGAAAAUCAAGACUCAAGCGUCUCUCAUGAUCGACGAUCAGCUGACUUUAGCCCAAGCAAUGCUAUUCAACGGAGAAUGGCUGAAGAACGGAAAUGUCGAAUUCUCGGUCGAAACUGGUGCACUGGGACCAUUCGAUAUGAUAGAGGUGGACAUCAAUACAUGUAGAUACUGUUCCAAUGAUACUGGACCCAAAGACAAACCUCUCAAGAGAUGCCCGAGGUGUCGAUGCGCCAAUUAUUGCUCCCAGAAGUGCUACAAAUCUGACUGGAAAUGGCACAAACAUCUUUGUAAUUGAAGGCAGGUCCAUUGGUUAUGGUCAAGAUAUUCACGAGCUGGCUCGAUGA